AAAUCUCCAUUGCACAACCCCACUUCUGAUGUUCCCUCCUGCGAUGGUUGAGCCGCAAGCCAGUGCGUGCAAUAAAGUUUGAUACUAGGUCGAUGGAAAAUGGUAAAAACAGAUACAGCACCAUCUCGUUCUUCUUCAACAUGCCAUGCAUGAGACUAAUUUUAAUCUUUGUCUUUCUUCUUGAGAAGAUGAGCAGUACGUAGAUCAUUGCCAUUCAGAUUCGACAUGCAUUGUUCUACUUAACUUUCUGUUUUACACUCCGUUGUACAAUUUAGUCUGCUAGUUGUACGUGUAAGGUACUAGUAGGUAGAGGCAGCACGUGCUGCAGCAUCAGAAGCGACAGGAUGCCCCAUAGUCUUCGUGUAACCGAUCGUGAGGAAGCAGUAGCAGCUGCCGCACCGAACGAGGACAUGUUGGGGACUAAUGUCAAGAUGAAAACAGCAGAUGAAGGAGACGCAGCAGGACCAGCAGGAGCAGGACUAAGUGACUUCGGAAUGAUUCAACUUCUCGAAGACCCGCGGGUUAACAAAAAAACACCACCUUCAAUUACACCAGCCCUUCAAGAACGACUCGAUGAACUUCCGGGAGACGUCGCAGUAGUCUUCACGUGUCAACCUAGGAGUACAACAUCUUCUCCAACGAAAGGCAAAAGCAGUCUGCCUUUGAUGAAGGCUCAUAAAGAUGUGGAGAGAGUGAUUGUUCUCUGUUCGCAAGAAUUAGCAUUCUCGCGAACUACACAUAACGGGUCUAGCUCAACAGGGUCAGGAUCCUCAGCAGGUGGAGUAGAUGAUCUUCAAGAACAGAGAGUUCUGAACAGUGAAGUACUCGAUGUUAAGGCUACCGCUGGAACAUCCUCAACAUCAUCCUUGGCCCAUUUUUCAAGGAGAAAAAGGGACCAGGGAGGUUCUCGGGGAUGCGAGCGCGGUAGCUCUAAAGAUGGAGAAAAAUCCACAUUGUCCUCGUGUUGCAACGUCUCCUCGACCUUUCCUUAUUGGAAAGGGGUCAAACUAGGACGCAUCAGAAAGAAGAGAGGUGGAUCUUCGAUAAAGAAACAUCAACUUGAUGAACAGCUCAGGAACAGCAGUACAGAGAUGAAACAAGUCUACUUUCCUCCCAGCCUCGACAGAGGAGACUUUGCUGCUCUGCGUGCACUCGUAGAGUUAAGGGUUUUUACCAGCACAUUGCAUUCCUCACUACCAUCCUUGACGUGUUUUCUAGUAGGAAAAGGCCUUAAGGGGUGAUCUGAAGAAUGCAAUGUCGCAGCCUCUAAGAGAGGAAACGGCGACUGUGGGAUGUGUGCCAGGAAUGCACAUCAGUCCUCGUGGUGGAACUGGACGCGGGAUUUUGAUGCAGCAUGAUCGAGAGACAAAAAUAGCAGUUGACUCCCGGUUCGACUACUACGGUGGCGGUGCUCUGCCAACUGUGCAGGCGCCACCUCCAAGAAAGAAACGAACAAAGUCAAAGAUCAAAAUUCUUCCUCCAGUCAGGCAAGAGCACAAGGAUCGACAGUGUCAUUGCAGGAGUAGAUGCAGUGUCAUUGCAGGAGUACAACGUAGGAGUAGAUGCACUGUCAUCGCAUCUUCGAAGAAUGAUAUUAAGGGUGCUGCAUCUUCCAACGAUAGAAAGGGUACAGCAGGUGGUGCUUCAACAAGUACAUCUUCAUCGUCUUCCGGUGUGGAGGAAAGUUCUAAACAGGAGCAAAAGAAUGAGCAGGAGAAACGUGAAGGCCACGAACAGACGGCUACAGAAUAUGAACAAGAAGAUCCCUCUUCUAGCGCGACUUCAUCUGAAGACGACGAAGAUGACGAAGCAGAAGUUGUAGAUGAAGAGGAUGAAGAUGAGACAGAUGAGUCGUCCGAGGAAACUUCCAAGCAACAAGUUUUUCCUGCUAGUAAAAGACGCAAGGUACAACUACAAGAAGAUCAUGACGAGUCUUCCACAUCUAGUGAAGAUAUCGUCGAACUAGAUGAAAACGAGGAAAGCGGAGGUGAUGCAUCUAGUGUCGUUAUCGAAGACCAGGACCUACUAGUUGCUGAUACUUCUACAAGAACAUCUUGUUCAAAUGGAGGGACCACAACGAAGGGAGCAGGACGCACCAGUAGAUAUGAAGGUCUUCCUGCAUCUAGCACGUCAAGUACUUCCUCUUCUCGCGGGAUCACAACAAAUGGUGCUAAGAACAACAAGGUCUUCUUACCAUUACCGUUCCUCGAUGCCGGUCAUGACAGAAACAACCAUCCAGGACGUCGCAUCGAACUGUACAUGCGUGAACACAUUCCUUUUCAAUUUUUACCAGACGCUGUGCGCUCUGCUCUGGUAGAAUGUUUGGGGGGAAUGAAAAAGGUAAAGGAUCCAGAUGCGCAAGAACUGCAAGCCAGCACAGGAGUAGAGGAAACCCUGCAAGUCAAAGAAGGAGUGGAAGUACCAGGACACAGACAAAUAAGCUACUUGGCGGAUCCUCUAGUUGAAACAAGAAUUUCACGAAGCUUCACUGACAAGAAGAAUACGCUGAUCCUUCUCGACUGGGAUGACACGGUACUAGAUGAAAUGAGUCUCUAUCUCUUUCUAAGUACGUAGGUUUUGUUUUUUUCCAGCUCGGCAUACAUUCACUCAUAGCAGAGACAAGGACGAAGUAGAACUAAAUGUAAUAAUGUGAUUUACUGAUCAUGUGAUACAAUGAGCAGUGUUGGUCUCUAUCUCUUUCUCUUAUUUCUAAAUCUUUUUUAAGUACUUCAAUUCCGAACCAAAAGCAAAACUCAAGACACGCAUACUUCCUACUACACCAGUACUUCAAUUCCGAACCAAAAGCAAAAUUGAAGAAACGCAUACUUCCUACUACACCACAGCUCCUACCAUCCGCUUGGGUCGUAAAACACAAGAUCGUCCCUGAUCCGAAGUUUAAUCUUCUGCCUUCUGAACGUUUGCACCUUGAGGAAUUAUCCGCUGCUGUCGUAACCACUCUGCGUAUACUCAAAUCUCUGGGCAAAGUCGUCCUGAUUACCAACGCCGAAGCAGGUUGGAUCCGGCUGAGCGCUGCGGCAUUGAUGCCAGCUGUGAAGGACGAACUGAACGACAUUGAGCAAAUUUCAGCGCGUAGUCGCUAUGAGACACCAGGAAGACGCAGUCCGGUGGACUGGAAGCGUCUCACCUUCUUUGACGAAGUGACAGCGUUCUACGAGUAUGAUGGAGAAGAUGAUGACGAUUUGGAGGAGGAUUAUUCUCAACGUGGUGGUCGUGGUGAUGGAAAACAACAAGAGACAGAUGCAGUGGAUUCAGCAUCAUGUGGUUCUGGUCGUGCUGUAAGAGAAAAGAGGGCUUGUUCUUCUAGCGCUUCUAUUUCGAGGAGGAGUGCGGACGAGGAGAAUCAGAAUCACUCAACAAACAAGAAUAGAAAUGGAGAACAAGUAAAAUCUCAAUCGAAAGUAGACUCCACCUCUUCUGCUUCCCGAAGGUCGUCCUCUGCAGAUGCGCACUACAGAAGCAUAGGCAGUAGCGGAGGUCGUGACAACUCCCCCUCUUGCAGCAAGAGCUCCACUUCGUCGUCAAAUAAUGGGAAAGUUGGAAAAAAUAUUAGAAGUACCGCUCACAAACAUGAUCCGCAUGAAGAGGAUGAUGAGCUGAAUCGAGUAGCUUCUUCGCCUAACAACGGGAAAAGACUCAGUCUGAGAGGCAAACUAGACAUCCCAGUCGAGGACCUGGACAGGUUGUCGCAGGAUGUUCUGGUAGCCAAGUAUAUUAAGGGUUGAAAGUUGACAUCUCUAUGCGCAUCUCUAUGGCUUCUUCAAGUAGGAAAGCCAUGGAGCAUAUGCGAGCGAGAGCGGCCAACUUUCGACCCCUAAGUAUAUGCGAGUAGCGAGCAAAGACGUUGAUAGUGAGGAUGCUCUUCAAUUUGUCGACGCCGUUGAGGAAGAGGUCGCUCAAUUAGUUGCUGCACGUCAGGAGCUGUUGUUAUGGCCCUUUAUUUUUUACAUCAGAAAAACGGAAAUCGAACUACAGGAACUAGUGCGUAAUAAGUAAUUAUAUCCACGAGUCUCAUGUGGAACUUUUUUGACUAUCUAACGUUUACCCGCUUAUAUCCACGAGCAAUUACGAAAUCAAAAUAGAAAUUUGAACCUCCUGAGUUGUGCACAAGCACCAUCAAAUAUCCAGAUGACUUCCUCUAAUACACCUUCGUCGCCGCCUUCGUCGUCAGCAAGAAAAGGGUGGAGAAUACCGCAACGUCAUCAGUAUUGGAGACAGCUCUCACGAACGAGAGGCUGCCAUAGAGGUAUGCAGACGUCUGGACAUUUCGGUAGUGAAGACGCUGAAACUGACCGAAAGACCCCAUCCGAAACAGCUUCGAAGACAACAUCUGUUUUUGCACGAUUUUCUGGCUCAGUGUGUGCUGUCUGAGCGAAGCUUGGACUUGGCCAUCGGACGCGAUGAUGCGCCGAUGCUAAUGGGUGCUUGGUCAUCGGACAUGCUACGCGAUGGUGGCUGGAAGUCGCCGCGCGGGAGGAAGAGCGUUCAGCAUCAAAACAGACUGGAACAGUGGCACAAGGAGAAAGGAGUAAGGAAAAGUGCUGCGAAGUGAUACUUCAAAUCAUCGAUCUGACAUCCACAAAGGGAACAUCAAAUAAACGGACGUAAGUAAUUGUCAAAAGUGUAUAAGUAUGAGUUUCUGUAGACCACGUCUCUACGGUCAUCAUGAACGAUGGUAACAGGGACAAUUGCGUGCAUUUCUGUAGAAGAGCGAUAGAACGAUAAGGGUGAAGUAAUAGACGCUUCAACCUGGGCUAGCGGAAUAGUGUUAUGGAUAGUAUUUUGCACAGAAUGAGCUAGAUCAUGAAACGAACAGCAGCACACAACAGAGUAAUUAUAGGAUUUGAAGAAAGGGGUAGAAAUUAUAAUUAAGUUUUGUAUCUCUAUCUUUCUGCUCGUUUAAAUCGCAUGUGAGGGUGAGCACGUAUCCACAAUAAUGUAACACAGCAGAACUACAACACAUUCACAUCAUAUGAAAUGUACCCUAGUCUUCGUGUAUUAAAGUAGAGUGUUGAAUGUCUUCACACCAUGAUACAUGAUAGUAAAGUCCGCACCACGUGAUUAUGAUCGAUCAUAACCUCAACACGACGCCUUUGUAGUCGUGGUGCAGGAAUCUUCAUAUUAUAUUUUUUCAAAUCUGUUGAGUACCAUGAUUUGGCUGUCGACGUGUAGUUAAGGAUCCCUUCGGCGAGCAGCUGCACCUGUACUACAUACAACAUAGCAGCAAGAAAAUGAAGUCUAUGCUUCGGAUCUAAUCGUAAAAAUCAGUGACGACUUCGAUGUCGAUGCCCAAUGUUCCUUCUAAUCAUCACUUUGCGUUAGUAAUAGUACACAGACGACGAUAUAAUCACAUCCUACCCUACCUACGAUAUGAAGCAUGCCUGCUCUACUGAUAGGAAC